GACUAUGAAGAGCUAGAGAAACAGCUGAAGGAAGUCUUUAAGGAGCGUAGCACAGUCCUCCGGCAGCUGACAAAGACAUCCAGAGAACUGGACGGGAUCAAAGUCAACCUUCAGUCUUUGAAAAAUGAUGAGCAAUCUUCCAAAACUGAUGUUCAGAAGCUCCUGGAGUUAGGCCAGAAACAGAGGGAAGAAAUGAAGUCUCUCCAGGAAGCCCUGCAAAAUCAGCUUAAAGAGACAUCUGAGAAAGCCGAGAAACACCAGGCAACAAUUAAUUUUUUGAAGACUGAAGUGGAAAGAAAGAGCAAAAUGAUCCGAGACUUACAGAAUGAGAAUAAAAGCUUGAAAAACAAAUUGUUGUCAGGAAGCAAGCUGUGUGGUAUUCAUGCAGAAGAGUCCAAAAAAAUCCAAGCUCAACUGAAAGAGCUCCGUUAUGGGAAGAAAGAUUUGUUAUUUAAGGCCCAACAGCUCACUGAACUGGAACAAAAGUUAGCUGUAGCCAAAAAUGAACUUGAGAAAGCAGCUCUGGACAGGGAAUCACAGAUGAAAGCAAUGAAAGAGACUGUACAACUCUGCUUGACAUCAGUUUUCCGUGAACAGCCUCCUCCUUUGAGUCUCAGCUCAUCAAAUCCAACACAGAUGUUACAUCCACCCAGGACAACUGCUUCCAAGAUUCCAGAAACAAGGACAAAAAGCAAGCCACAACAAAGUUCUCCAGGAAACCAUGAGAGCUCUCAAGUUCAGGCAACAAAGGAAGACACGAGAAGAAUCUCUGUGUGUGGUCCUCAAGAUGAGGGUAGUUCCUGUUUGGUGAAGCAUGAGGAGGGUCCCCAAAGUAACAUCACUGCAGAAUCAGAACCCACAACACAGCAGAAAUUGCAAAUGCCUCUUUGUUCUGAAUGUGAAGAGAAAAAAGGCCCAGAAAAGCAAACAGCCAGUUUUGAUGGGACUCCAGCUAAAGAAGAGAAAAUACUGUAAACAGGAGGCAUGGAAUCAAAAGCUCCCCUUUCCUGCCAUCAUCAUAUUUCUAGAGUACAGGCUUGAUGGGAACACCACGUUUCUAAAGCAUGCAACUUUUUUCCAAACUUUAUGUAACUUUAUAAUGUGAACUACACAAUUUCCAAAAGGUUCCAGGCUGAUUAUGAACUUUAGCAAUAAUCUAAUGAAAAGGAUUUCUUCACUCACACAUCUCUAAAAUUAGCCAGUACAAAUUGAUUUGUUUUGUGCUAAAGCACAACCAUAACUUUUUUUUUUUUUUUUGGUCUUUGCAUGGAUAUCUAGAAUUCAAAGGUGGACUUGGUAACAUCAGCUAGAAAAUGAUAAAAUAUGAGCCCUGCUGUUUUUAAAAAUCUAAAUUUCAAAUGUAUAAAAGUUUUGUUGUACAAUGGCCAUCUGGUGUCGUUUCCUCCAAAGUUGGAAUUUGCAGACCAGAAUACAUUAUUUUAGGUAUUUAGUUUUUUGUCACAUUAUAUUGACCUAAUAAUCAUUGAUAUAAAAUUAUGUCCAGUUAAUUCUGUCAAUGAUAAGUUAAUUACUAGAACUCAUUAGUUGUAUUUAAUAUGAUAC